UUGUUUCGCGCGAAAACGACAAGGUGGCACUGUUCCGGCUGCUGAAGGUGGAAAAGUUAUCUGUGCACCAUGGCUGAUUCAUCUGAGUCUUUCAACGUUGCAACUAGCCCUACUCGGGGCUCCAGACGGGGUGACCUCACGUCCAGUCCUGGCCGCGAUCUUCCUCCUUUUGAGGAUGAGUCCGAGGGGCUUCUGGGAGCCGAGGGACUUCCUGAUGAGGAGGAAGAAGAUGGAGAAGACCUGAUUGGAGAUGAUAUGGAAAGAGAUUAUCGGGCAAUUGCAGAGCUUGACGUCUACGAGGCUGAAGGACUUGACGACGAUGAGGAUUUGUCAGAGCUUUCGCCUGGUGCUCGAGCUGCGGCUGAGGCAGCCAUGCGUCGAAGAGACCAGGAAAGAGGGCUGAGCGGGCGAAUGAGAAGGGGACUUUUGUAUGACAGUGAAGAUGAAGAUGAUGAGCGCCCAGCUCGCAAGAGGCGCUUGGCAGAGGUAGCAGCUGAUGGAGCAGCGCCAGAUGAGGAUGAAGAAAUGAUUGAGAGUAUCGAAAACCUGGAGGACAUGAAGGGACACUCUGUCAAGGAAUGGGUGUCCAUGGCAGCCCCACGGCUAGAGAUCUACCACCGUUUCAAGAACUUCCUAAGGACUCAUGUGGAUGAGCACGGGCACAACGUCUUCAAGGAAAAGAUCAGUGACAUGUGCAAAGAAAACAGGGAGAGUCUGGUGGUAAACUAUGAGGACUUGGCAGCCCGAGAGCAUGUCCUAGCGUACUUUCUGCCCGAGGCUCCAACUGAAAUGCUGAAGAUCUUUGAUGAGGCAGCCAAGGAGGUAGUGCUGGCCAUGUACCCAAAAUAUGACCGCAUUGCUCGUGAAAUCCACGUCCGCAUCUGUAACUUGCCUUUAGUGGAGGAACUCCGUUCCCUCAGGCAACUGCACUUGAAUCAGCUGAUCCGCACCAGUGGGGUAGUUACCAGUUGCACGGGUGUCCUCCCCCAGCUCAGCAUGGUCAAGUACAACUGUAACAAGUGCAGUUUUAUUCUUGGGCCUUUCUUCCAGUCACAGAACCAGGAGGUUAAGCCUGGCUCAUGUCCAGAGUGUCAAUCUUUGGGGCCCUUUGAAAUCAAUAUGGAGGAGACAGUUUAUCAAAACUACCAGCGCAUCGCAAUUCAAGAGAGUCCUGGGAAGGUGGCCGCAGGGCGCUUGCCACGCUCAAAAGAUGCUAUCCUCUUGGCUGACCUGGUGGACAGCUGCAAACCUGGGGAUGAGAUUGAGCUGACUGGCAUUUACACCAAUAAUUACGAUGGUUCCUUGAACACAGCCAAUGGGUUCCCAGUGUUUGCCACAAUCAUCAUGGCCAAUCAUAUCACAAAAAGAGAUGACAAAGUGUCCAUUGGUGAAAUGACCGAUGAAGAUGUCAAAGCCAUUGUUGCACUGUCGAAAGACGAGCGCAUUGGAGAGCGAAUUUUUGCAAGUAUUGGCCCCUCUAUUUAUGGCCACGAGGAAAUCAAGAGAGGACUUGCUCUGGCAUUGUUUGGGGGAGAACCAAAGAACCCAGGUGGAAAACAUAAAGUCAGAGGGGACAUUAACAUUCUUUUAUGUGGUGACCCUGGCACAGCCAAGUCUCAGUUCUUGAAGUAUGUGGAGAAGGUGGCCAGCAGGGCUGUGUUCACUACUGGCCAGGGCGCCUCAGCUGUCGGUCUCACUGCCUACGUCCAGAGGCACCCUGUGAGCAGAGAGUGGACCCUAGAAGCUGGAGCUCUGGUGCUGGCAGACCGAGGAGUGUGUCUCAUUGAUGAGUUUGACAAGAUGAAUGACCAAGACAGGACCAGUAUCCACGAGGCAAUGGAGCAGCAAAGCAUUUCUAUCUCCAAGGCUGGCAUAGUCACAUCUCUCCAAGCUCGCUGUACUGUUAUCGCAGCUGCUAACCCCAUUGGUGGCCGUUAUGACCCCUCUCUGACCUUUUCAGAAAACGUUGACUUAACUGAGCCCAUUGUGUCUCGUUUCGACAUCUUGUGUGUCGUUCGAGAUACUGUCGAUCCUGUCCAGGAUGAAAUGCUCGCUCGCUUUGUUGUGGGCAGUCAUGUCAAGCAUCACCCCACAAACAAAGAGGCUGCCAAUUACAACUUGGAAGAAGUUAUCCUGCCCAAUACUUAUGGGGUAGACCCCAUCCCCCAGGAACUGCUCAAGAAGUACAUCAUCUAUGCGAAAGAGAAGGUGCAUCCCAAGCUCAAUCAGAUGGACCAGGACAAGGUGGCCAAAAUGUACAGUGACCUGCGCAAAGAAUCCAUGGCAACUGGAAGCAUUCCCAUUACAGUGCGCCACAUCGAGUCCAUGAUCCGCAUGGCGGAGGCUCAUGCUCGUAUGCAUUUGCGUGACUAUGUUGUCGAGGAUGAUGUCAAUAUGGCUAUUCGUGUCAUGCUGGAGAGUUUCAUAGACACACAGAAGUUCAGUGUCAUGAGGAGUAUGCGCAAGACCUUUGCCCGUUACUUGGCAUUCAGAAGAGACAACAAUGAGCUGCUGCUUUUCAUCUUGAAGCAGCUGGUAGCAGAACAAUUGAUGUACCAGAGGAACCGCUAUGGGGCACAACAAGACACCAUUGAGGUACCAGAGAAAGACCUGACUGACAAGGCCCGACAGAUCAACAUACAUAACUUGUCUGCCUUUUAUGACAGCGAUGUCUUCAAAAUGAAUAAAUACAUCCAUGACAGCAAGAAAAAGCUCAUCAUUCAGCAGUUCUAGUGCAGCCGACUUUGAGACUCUGUGAACUGAUGAUGAUGAUGAUGCUGUGACCUCUUGUGGGUGACAGCCAAGUGAAGCACUGAACCAUCCAAUGGAGACAUUUCUGCGUUUCUUGAUUCAGACUUUAAUCACAUGUGCAGCAAUCCUUGCUUCUAGUUUUAAGCAAUAAGCAGUUUUCACUGUUCUUCACGCACUUUCGAUGAAAGAAAAUGAAUCAAAAAGACUUGAGGCUAAAUCCCCCAGCUCCUCCACAUUGCUUUGCUGCAGUGUCACCACUUGUUCUUUGGUUGGUGGGUGGCUUAAUAGUAAGAGGGCAUCUGUCAAUUUACUGUAAUGUUGUACUUUUAGAUAACAUUCUGUAUUAUUGAACUAAUCUGUUACAUUUGGUCCCAAGUGUGAUUUGAAUCGAUACAUCCAAAGCCUUGUUCCUUUAAGUUUUGUCCACCCUAAAGGCUAAAACUGUUAAGGUGCAUUCUUGGUGACCAUCUUUGACACUGAAUGUACUGUUAAGUCAAGUGCAGUUUCUUACGGAGGUGAAUACGAAAAUGAUUCUGAUAAAGAGUGAUGGGAUCCCUAUCUGUAUUUUUUUACAGGUAUGUAUCAAUAGGCAAAGUUCUGGAAGAUGAUACAUUUUUUAAAGGAGCUUCUGGGUAUUUUUUGUAUCAUAAAUUAUAUGCGUUUGUUUUGUAAAGUAUUCAAUAAAGUUCAUAAAAUAAU